AUGGUGGUGUUUGUCGACCUCGACGAUGCAUUUGCCGGAUCGGCGUGCUCGAAGCAAUUCCCCUUGGAUGACCCCAUCGCGUCGGAGCUGGCCGGGCUUGCCCCAUCAUCUGCAUCUGAGACACGUGAAGCGGAGGGUUCGAGUCCAUGUCCAAAUAGGAAUGGAUUCUCGGCGGCAUUGAGUUGUUAUCCCAUCGUCAAGGAAAUCGCUCGGGCCAUCGAUCUAAAUACCCUCUACGCCCUCUCGAGUACAUGUCGCCAGUUCCACGUGAACCUAUUACCAUUCCGCCAUCAACUAGCGAGAGAAACCCUCCGCUGCGAAAACGAAUACAUUGAAACCCUAGCAGAAAUGCUAGACAGCGGCUCCGUCCUCCCAGACAGCGUCAAAUCAGUUAUCCGGCUACUCAGCCGUCCAAGCGCCGAGCAGAGCCGCCUGACCCGCGGCAAAGUAAGCAAGUGCGCGCGCGACAUGGUAGGAGAAUGCCGACGCUGCGCAAAGGUCGUGUGCAGAAACUGUACAAUCAAACCGCCAAACCAAACAGCCCUGAAAAACCGCAUCCGUCGCCUCUGUCAUACUUGCGGCACAGCUCCGCUCGCCUCCCACCUCUCCCAUACACUCUCCGACCCAACCGCCGCCCCAUGGGACAAAGACAGCGUCGCAGCUAAAGCGUUUGCGCGCACCCCUUGCACCUGCGAAGAAGCCGUCUGGCUAUGCACGACGUGCGGUAUGACACUGCGCAGCAAUGACACGACCUACCGUCGCGUCUGGGCCUGGCGCACGCGCUAUAGCACCUACCUCGGUGGCGGGAUGGGCACUGGAAUUGGCGAAGGCUCCCACGGUGUCAAGUGUGGUCGCGGCGAGCACUGUCUUGCUGCGCAGGAGAUUGAGCUUGAAGUUGACUGUGAGACUGAGGAGGCGUCUGGGUCUAUUUCUGGCUCUGGGAGUGAUACUGGUAGUAUUGAGCAGAGUUCUGCGGUGCCCACGUCGUUUGGGGAUGAGGGAGCAGGGAUCUCGGAUAGUCAUGAUGAGGAGGAGGAGGCUGGGUAUUUCCGGCAGGAGGUUAUUGGGUUAGGGGGUGUGGUGAAGCAGAAGGCUAAGAAGAGGGUAAAUGUUGGGGCUUGUGUUGUUGAGUAUGAGGAUGAGAGGGAGACGGGCAAUUAUCUUGUCAGAGAGGAGAAGGGGUUAUCUCGUGGUUGGUGUGGGUGGUGUUCUAGGGUGAUUCCGGCAAAGGGCGAGACAAUGCCUUGA